CAGGCAAUGGUACAAUGAUAAACUUGAAAUGAUCAAAGAAUUAAAAAUAAUUGAAUAAGUUUCCCCCUAGUGGAAAGCAGAGAUGUGCAUGUGAACACUCAGUCAGUCAGUCAGUCAGUGGUUUGCUCGGUGAAGCUGGACCUCAGCGAGUCUGUGCGUGAUCGUGGGAGCCUCGCAUCAGCUCACUGCCCACUCCACGCCCCCGCAGAGUCUCCCAAACUCUCGGUCGCAGGAGGAGAGAUGAUGUGGGGGAUGUAAGACACGGGGAUCAGCAGACAGCAGCUGGAUUCUCGGGCUAAAAUCAGCCGCUCUGAUGGAGUGAAGACAGCGGAUACACGGUUCACCAGAAUCUGAGCCGGGAUGUACCGACAGUGCUGAGCCCGGUGGAGGAGAGGGGUGGGGGAUUCUGGGAUUCUAGAGGUGGAGAGCGAGACAUCAUGGGUGAUGGAGGGGCCUUGCACGCGGAGGGCAAUGCCCUUCUGAAGGCGGUGUUCCAGGGCAAACUCCGCCUCGCUCGCCUCCUCCUGGAAGGCGGAGCCUAUAUCAAUGAAGGAAAUGAGCGAGGGGAGACGCCCGUCAUAGCAGCCUGUCUGGCAGGAUACGAUGAUCCGCAGACCCGGCAGAGAAUGGUGCGGUACUUGCUUGAGAAGGGAGCAGACCCAAACAUCCCUGACAAAUCGGGUCGGACCGCCCUGAUGCAUGCAUGUGCAGAACAGGCAGGCAAAGAGGUGGUGUCGCUGCUGCUGGAAAACGGCGCCGAUCCCAGCUUGAAGGACUACUCUGGGGCCUCGGCACUUGUACACGCCAUCAAUAAAGGCGAUAGGGAGACUCUCCAGGUUCUGCUGGAUGCCUGCAAAGCCAAAGGUAAAGAGGUAAUCAUCAUUACCACCGACACAUCUCCCUCUGGCACUAAGAAGACCAAACAAUACCUGAACUCCCCACCGUCUCCGGGUAUAGUGGACAAGCUCUCCCCUGCUUGCAUGUCUCCGUCUGAGGUGGAGAUCCAUACCUCUGGCUCUGCCCCCGGUGAAGAGGAGGAAGGUAUUUUCAGCUUUGCUGUAACUUCAGCACUCCCACUACCCUCCAGCAGACCACAAGGGGAGAGGAGACCACCGCCCCGUAAGCUUCUGAAAAGACUGAACUCUGAGCCGUGGGGUCUGGUGGCUCCUUCCGUACUUGCUGAGAGAGUGGAGCGGAUAGAGAGCGAUUUAGCAGAGGAGGACAAGUUGGUCUCGGAGAUGAAUGGGAUGACAGUUUCUGGUCCAGGCAGACCUCUCCUGUCACGAAGGCACAGUAUAGAGACCCACGACCCAUCCUCUCCGAAGCUGAUGGACCGGUCCUGUUCGGAAGACUGUGCAGCACUGUGUGGCUCUUCUUGGGCGGAUAAAGUCCAUCAGCACCAGUCACUGUAUCGCAGAAAUACGGCCCCUGAGACUCAGGACAAUGUGGCUCAGGCACCAACAGGAAUCCGUGGUUUACCACACCCUAAACUCACCCGCAUGGAACACUACGAGUCGGACACCCACCUGUGCCCUGCCUCCAUCCCUGGAUCUCCAGAUUCUGGACGUGUCUCAGUGGAACGCCGCAAGUACAAUGCCUCUCCCCUGUCGCUGCUCACCAGCUCUUCUCGAGAGUCUCUGGAGAGCAUUCCCAACUCUGUGUCUCCUAUCACAAUUCGGCGGCGUCCAACAGGACUCUUGGAACGGCGGGGAUCAGGCACUCUCCUUUUGGACCACAUCUCCCACACAAGACCUGGGUUCCUUCCACCUCUCAACGUCAACCCUCAGCGACCCAUUCCUGAUAUCCGUGCCAACGGAAAGCCCACUUCUCCUGUUCACUCAGGGAGCAAGAUCCUACUGCCGGUCGCGCCGUCAUCCCCAAAACGUGGACCAGACUUCAAGAUGAAGAAGAAGCUGAUGAGACGACACUCGAUGCAGACGGAGCAGAUGAAGCAACUUUCGACCUUCCGGGAAAUCCUCACAGAAAAGGUGAUGGAGAUGAAUGGAGAUUGAGAGCAAGAAAGAAGGAAAAUGAGAAAGAGUCAGUGCUGGCCGAGAGUUUCCUCACUGGGUUCAUCUACAUCUCUGAGGCAAACCUGCUCUGGUCCAGUUUAGAUCUUUUAGAACUUAAUACAUCCAUCAAACAUAUGCAUUGUGGAGACAAAACCAUUUUCAAAUCCAGACAAUGAGAGAGAAAAUGAGUCACGGUCACUCAAGAUCACAAAAGGGAUCAGUUAGUCCAAAUUCGGAGAUAACAUUCUAAUGUUAUUUGGGAUUAUUCCUUGAUCAUCAAAAGUGCGUGAAGAUGGACCCAUUAGUGUCAGUGGAAGUGCUUUUGGUGUUUGAAUUUGCUGCAACCCUCAGAUGAAACCUCAUAGAUUAGGUUUCUCUAAGUAUUAGCGCUGUUAUGGCUAUCAGCCUUAUUGUUGUGCACUGUCAGAAAAAAAAUUGUACCAGAAAUUGUACCUUUAGGGGCACAGCUUGUUGAUGGGGUAGUACCCUUAAACUAGGGGUGUCCAAACUCGAGUUUAGCUCUAACUUGCCUCAACACACUUGCUUGGAAGUUUCUAGCAUGCUUAGGAAGACCUUGAUUAGCUGGUUCAGGUGUGUUUAUUAGGAUUGGAGCUAAAAUCUGCAGGACAGUGGACACCCCUGCCUUAAAAGGACAAAUUUGUAGCUUGUCUACCCCUGAAAGUUGCAUAUUUGUAUGUUAGAUAAGUAAUAUAUACCUUUAAUGUACUACUGUGCAUCACUUAGGGGUAAAUAAGGUACAAAGAUGACCCAAUAAAGCCUAAAGUAUACUUCACUUUUUACACAUACGCAAGGGACAGUGUACAGUAUGCACACACCGAAUGCGCACGUCCGAUUUUUGUAACCAGUCGCACAUGCGCAUUGAAUUUGUUUUACAAUAAUCAGUUGUUCCCCAAGAUGGCAACAUGUCCUGGGCCGAUGUUUCACAGUAGAAAAAUAAACAAAAGAUACAGAACAACAACAACAAAAAAGCGGAGACUGCAACAACAACAGACGGCCACAUUGACAAGCGCUUGUGAGUGAGAGUGUAUGGGAAAGCCCAGCUUUGGUUCGAAGGAGUUAAAAAAAUAUUUGUAAUCGGUCAUAAAUUCUGGGGAAGCUUAGAGUAGACACUGGACAUGGAUGAAGAUUUCAAGAGUGCAUGUGUCGACCGCCUGCGUUUGUGCGCAACAUCAAAUGGGGUGUACUUUGAAAGGCCACACGUUUGACUGAACGCAUACGCUAGCGUACAUAUACAAAAAAAAAAACCCAAAGUAUAUUUUGGGCAUAAGGGGACAAGCUGUUGUACCUCUAAAUGUACAAUUUUUGCACAUCCUGUGGAAUAAUUGGGUUCAUGCUCUUAAUAUUCCAGAUAAAAUGCACAUCCCUCUGUUUUUCUUUGGUGACAACAUCAAGUGUAGUUCAGAACUCUAAAAUUAAUUUCUAUGGUCGUUACGGUACAACUAAAUUGAUUCAAGUAGUUUCGUUAAAAUGUGAACUGAAUUUGAAGUUGAUCAAUUACUUACUUGUAAAUAAUGGUUCUUAAGCCUUUUUGAUUAAUAUGUAUUUGUUUCAGCGUGUUUGUUUUGGACUGAAGGUUGGGAAAUGCAGUCCUUGAAGGACUUUUAAUUUGGCACUGGCAGGCUUCCAUAUUUUUUCCACAGGAUGUAAAGUAGAGGAGUAUCGGAGAUGUCUGACUGCUGACUUUUCCAUUAACAAUCGAUAGUUUCACAUUUCUGAAAAACAUUUUAUUGCAUUAUGAAAGUGCAAUAAAAUAUUACAGGAAUGAAUUAGCAUAAAAACAUUUUUUAAAAGCUAUAUAACUGAAAACAUAAUUGUACUUGUUAAAACAUUCUGCAUGAUUCAGGGCUUUUGGAUGGGUUGCUUAUCUUUCUUAAACUCUUAUAAGUGAUACAAAAUAAGUGAAGUGCAAUUCUUGAAACUCAAAAUCCCAAAGAAACUCUACAAAGCCCAUCCAAAACCACACAGAUCCACCCUGACCCGACUCAGCGUAGGGGAGAGAGAAACCCCUCGCCUAACGCACACUCCCUCUGGAGACACAGAGCACAGAUAUUGUGUACAUACUGUACAGAGUACAAUUGUGUCUCAAGCGUUUGAACGUGCAAUAUUCCGUGCUGCCUCAGCACUGGUUUCAUAUUAUUAUCGUGAAUGUGAACAAUCACUCGGACGUGCGUCUGUGGUUAACAUGCUGCGGUAAAUGGUUCAAGACGAGCUGGAAGCUCUGUUUACAUUCAGAGGAGGAAAUCUCUGCACAAAAUACAUGAGAAUGAAUUUCCCUAAAGAGCUGCAGUGCACAGUGUGUCCGUGUCAAACACAUAGUUCAACUCAAGCUUAUGAUGUGAGUGAAUUUAGUGCUUCUGCUUUGAGAUGUUCUACACUUGAUGUGAAUUAAACUUAGUGUACUUGAAAUGUAUCAUGAAAACAAAAAGAGGAAUAUUUUUUUAUGCCUGUAGGGUUUUACUCUUGUUGUUUUUUUAUUUUUACUGAAACAAAUUUUAAUGUUUAAUACUGAAUUGUUGGUGGUGCAAUUUCACUUUGACGGUAGCUUUUGUGUUCCAGGGUGUUUGUAGGAAAUAAUAUGUGAGCAGCCGGAGCUCAAUGGCUACAGCAAUCUUCCUGAAAACGAUCGCGAUAAAACCCAAACGUCGCCUGUUAAACCGACGGAUCUCUGAUUACCUAGCUCUUUGUUAUCCUGAUGCGAUUAGGAGAAUCUUGGCACUUUGCUGUGUAUUCAUUGAUUUUUAACGAUUCUCCUCUUUUCAUUUAACACACAAAGGCGAGAUAACCGUGAGUUUGAUUUGUUUCUAAAUAUGUUUGUAUCUAUCUCCAAUAUUUCUGACCUGCUGUACAAAAACAUCCAUUUAAAUGAGUUGAAAUUGUGUUCAAGUGUACCUGAGAAGAUGUUAAUAGUGUAAAGGCUGUUUUAGGUGCUGUACACAAUGGACCUCCGUCUGUGCUACACUGUCGUCGGGUAGUUUGAGCCCUCCAUUCACAUAGAAGGGUCACAGUUACACUCUCAGUGCAUCAUUUAAUGGAUUAUGGAUUAACUAUUUCUUGUUAUUUUGUAUGUUUAGUGUGGUACACAGGUCAAAUGUAGUAAACCAAAUAAUUUUAAAAAGUAUUAAAUUAUUUAAAACUAAAAUCGCUGUUGUGCUACUUGUCUGAGGCGAUCAUUUUCUUCAUGAGCUUUUAUCUGCUUUGAAUAAAUGCAUGACUGAGCCACCAAUUUAUUUUAUACCAGUUGUUCUCAGCUGGUAUGUUCAUGGUUUGUUCUAAUAGGGUUGUUGACAGGAAAUAAAAACGAUGCUAUAUUGUGCUAA